AUUGUGUUGUCAUCGCUGAAAGUGAUUGAACGCCAAUGGCCACGGAUUUUUACGCUUGAGAAGAAGUGAUUUUUUUUUAGCCCAUCGCUUACUGUGCGCCGACGUGAAGUUUGUCGGCGAAUGCUAUUAAGGAAGGCGGAGACAAUGUGUCGCCUCCAGAGCCAGCUGUGCCUCGGCAUCGAAUUUUCAUCGUGGAGAGCCGCUGCGGAGCUAAAUGGAGCCCGUUGACUUAACUGGCACACUUGAGAUUUACUUUCCUUGAGUCAAAUCCACCACCCUUAUAACAAUGUCCGUGUCUACGGUGUUGGCAAAGGCGCUGUUUGACAACACAGCCGAGAGUCCGGAGGAGCUGGCGUUCAGGAAGGGGGACAUCCUGAUGGUUCUAGAACAGGAGCAAAGCGGAGGACCUGGCUGGUGGCUUUGCUCCCUGCAUGGCCGCCAGGGCAUUGCACCGGCAAACCGUCUCCGCCUUCUCCAGACCGCACCGCCUCCCGGCCUAGAUGGCGUCUACCUGGCGCCCGGUGCGCCGCUGGGCCGCACGGCCGCCAGCAACAGCGCAGAAGACGUAGACAGCGUGUACCGCUCUCCACCAGCUGUUGGCGAAGGGCGAGUUGCAGCUUCGAGACCCGGGGAGCUGCGGCGGGUGGAGGGUGGACGUCCACGCUCUCACUCCAGUUCUGGAUCCCGACCCAGGCCUGAGUGGGACAUGGGAUCGACGAGUCGGCCUCGCUCCCCUUCCCUGAGAGGACGUGGCACAGAAGUGACAGGGGCUCUUUAUCAGAACCCAGUAAGCCCACUACCCUCAGCUGCUCAGCAUACCAGACAGCCAGGAGUUCAAAUGGCUCCGGAGUCUGUGUAUCUCUCCCCCAGAGUGGCCGACGAGUCAGAGGACACCACAUACCUUGUCCCGAGAGAAACAAUCACAACGGGACACUCCGAUGACUGUUACCUGGUGCCAAAAGGAACACCACUGGCAGGUGAAGAGGUUUACCAAACCCCAACGGGAGGAAUUCUUCCCACUGCUGCCUGUACCAAUGGCCCGACCACAGUCAGCGGAACACCCGGGGCCCCCCAGUCUAAAGUCAGCCAGGACAUUCCUGGGAUGUAUCAAAUCCCCACCCCUGUGGCAGUAAACCUUCCAAGGAGCUCAACUGCAGCUCUGGCCCAUCAGCACUCAUGUCAAUCAUCCCCAACCCAGGUGUCUCCCAGACCUCUGCUUAAGGGUGCUCCACCUAAUCCCGCUGUGGCCAGAGGUAAUGCGGGUCUGGCCUGCCACAGAGGGUCCCCUUCGCUGGUUCGAGCCGGUCACCCCCGAGUCCCUGGAUCGCCGACUCUUACCAGAAAGCCCCCUCCGCCUGCACCUCCUGUGAGGGGUGUCACGAGGAAAGAAGGGCAGCAGACCGCACCUUUGUCAGGAGAUGCUAAUGUUGUUUUCAGGGGCACCCCUGCAAACCUGCAGCCAGAGUUGGAAAAGCAGACGAGUCAGGACCUGGAGAAAAUCAAUAAUAUGCACAACUUCAAAGGAGGAGAUUAUGCAGAUCCUGUGGAUGACCAGGUGUACGACACCCCUCCAAGCGGUAGGUGGCAGCGUCCAGUGCCGGCUGUCCUCAUUGAUGACGAUGAUAGCAUCUAUGACACCCCUCGCAGUGUCCCACCACUCGCCGACUCUGAGACAGAGGUCUAUGACGUUCCCACCAUAACGCUGAAUGGGUCUACAUCAGAGGUCACGUCCGUGCCGGGCGAUGCUGAUGAUGUCUACAGUGUCCCCACUCUUCCCGGUGUCCCUAUGGUUCCUGGGGAGUCCACCACCAGCCUUUGUGGGGAGGACGCCACCCAGAACGGUCAGCUCUGCUGCGUCCCAGGUUCCGAGAAGAGAGCAAGCACAGGAGAUCACCAACGGGAUUCUUUGGAGCCAGACUGUGGCGUUUAUGACAUGCCUGCUCUGACUGCCGAAGUUCUGCCUCACUCCUCCUCGUCAUCCUCCACCUCAACCCGACGUCUCUCCUUGUCCAGUAAUGGCUCUGGGGAUGUGCAGUGGAGAGCCUCCCUGUCUAACCUUAUCCACGCAGUGCUGAGCACCACCUCCUGCUUGCCAACAACUCUGUCGUCCCGGGAUCUGGCCACCUCCCUGGCGGAAAUCCUGUCCACGUGGAAAGCCAGUCACUCCGGGGAUCCCCCGCUGCCCCUUCAACAGGCCUGGGCUCGCCUAUCAGACCUUCUGCCGGCAUUGUCUGCCAUUGGCAAUGCUCCUCCGUCUGAAGGACUCUUGUCACUCGUCCAGCGGUCCCUUGAGGAAAGCGCCCUUCUAUUGCAGACUCAGGGACGCCCCCGACUCCCUUCACAGGAAUCGUUAUCCCGCAGGCCACUGCCCGCACUCCCGGUGUCCGACGGGAAGUCACCCGCAGGUGGAAUGGGCUCCCGUAAAAGUAGUUGGAUCCAGGAAAGGCCUUUGCCUCCAACGCCUCAGGCGGCCUUCCCCAUGCCUCCCACUUUGGCCACCGUGACCCUCACAGUUGGCCCCAGUAAUGGCGAGGACGACCCCAGCAACGAAUAUGCAGGAAUCAGCCUGACACCCAUAGCUCCCCCUGUCACUAAUGGAGAUAGUGUUGGAUACGUCAAGCUGCAGGGAAAACCGGAGCUUCCACUGGCACAGAACGGACAAACGAUCACUUCAGAGCCAAGGCUGACUCCGUCCCCUCCUUUGCCGGUGUCCCUCUCCCUGGAGGACUCGGAGCUGCUGUGCUUUUACUCAUCCCAGAGCCUCGCUCACCUCUCUUGCCUGGCUGACGCCAUCGACGUGCUGUUCACCAGCGUACAGGGCAACCAGCCUCCCCGGAUCUUUGUAGCCCGCGGAAAGAGCCUCAUCGUGACGGCCCACAAGUUGGUGUUUAUUGGCGACACGCUUUCCCGACUACUCACCUCCACUGACCUGCGGGCCAAGAUCACAACCUCCGGGGGUCGACUUUGCCAGGCCUUGAAGGCGGUGGUGGUGGCGACAAAAGGUGCUGCCCAAAACUACCCGUCGGUGUCUGCGUCCCAGGAGAUGGUGGACCGGGUCGCUGAGCUUUCCCAGCAGGCGGCGGGCUUCUCCACUCUACUCCAGCGCCUGGCUGAGAUCUCCUCGUGAUAUCCCGCAGUUUGUUGACACUACACACCUUCCCUCUUGGAAAAAUGCCUUAUUUGUUGUUACACUAUACACACACACACUACAGCCCUGUGUGCGCUUCAACUCUAUCCCUCGUGUGUUAACUUAUUGAGGAUGGCAGGCUGCUAAUAGCUUUGUACGUCUUUUGCUUUACAAUAUUUAAGUUGUUUUCUCCCCACACCUUCAUUUAACUGUAGCGCAGAAGAAGUUUACAUUCUGGAUCUGGCCUACUUUUUACUGUGAUACCUUGAAAGCUGUGUCUGUUAGUGCAGCUCGACAACCUCUCCAUCCUUAAUUAACCUGUACUGUGUUGUUUGUGUGAAUCGCGAAGACUCCUUGUUGUAAUCCUGCCAAUGUCGGAUUACUCUCAGCAUCCACAACACACCUAUCUCCGCAAAGAUUCCUGUCUGACGGGAAUUCCCAGAGCAUGAAUAUUUGAAGUUGGGGGAUAAAUUACCCAGUGUUAUUCCUUUCCACAGUUGCACAUCGGAUAAGAAACCUGUCCAUCAAGCAAACAUGUCUCCACACGUCGUGAUCUGCAUGCUGUCUUUUUGCCUUUUGCAUUUGCAUCCCACUAAAUGCCCUGCCACCCUUAUUCCUAUUUGCUAUAUGACACAUGUUGAUCAAAAACUCCCUAUUGACUCAUCUGGAAGUAGUUAUGCUCCUGCUUUCAUGUCCGUCUUCCACAAAGCUGUAUAAAUUCUUUUUACUUUACCUACUAAUCAAGUGUCUAAAUUAGGAUCAUUUGAGAGAGCACCCUAAUUAUUUUGUCAUCCUGAACAAGCAUGCUCUGAAGAACUCCUGCCCCGUUUUUCUCUGCUUUAGUGUCACCUUGUGGAUGUUUGAAGUAUUACACCUUGAAAAGUGCAAGUUCCUUUUAUAUUUAUUAUGUUUUUUGGAAUUCCUGUUUUCAUAGCUUUAAUAUGCUUCAAUUUGUUAUACAUGCACCCUUUUUACUUUGUGUGACUUCAGUGCAAAAACAUGUUUUGUGUUCAAUCAAUGGAAAUCUACCAGUCACAUCAUGCAAGUUUUCUACACCAUAUGAACUCAUCCCUGUUUGCUGAGGUGCGGAACCAUACUGACCUACACCUCUUUACAAUCGAACACUAUAUUAUAAAUGUUAUGUAUUCCUGUUCAGAAUAAACAAAUACAUUUUUUUAAUAA